AUGACUGUAAAUGGUGGUAUCGUGUAUGAUAAUUUAGUAAAUUACGCCAAACUAGUGUCUUUGAGUUAUUGUGUAAAACAUGGACUAACUCCAGGACUCUUGAAUUCUACAGCUCAUUGUAAUUUAACUCGAUGUAAUGAAGAACAGUUGAGACAUGUAGAAGUUCUUGAAACUUUCAAUUUCAAUGAUUUGGGUGAUAUCGGUGGAGGUUAUUAUGCUAUUGAUGAUCGGAAUUCACGAAUCAUUCUUGCUUUCAGAGGCACCAGUUCUCGACGUGAUUGGUUCGCUAAUAUGGACGCUAUACCCACCAAGUACUCGCCGUUGAAAAAUCUCGUAGAGGGCUUUGAGAAAGUAGAAUGUUCCAAAUGUAAAGUUCAUACGGGUUUUUAUAAAUUCUUGAGAAAGAAUUUAUCGGGGAUUUUAUCCUCUGUUAAACAGUUGAAAACGACAUAUCCCCAAUAUAACCUUGUUGUAUUAGGACACUCAUUGGGAGCGUCCUUGGCGUUGUUAUCGGGGAUCGAGCUACAAUUGAUGGGAUAUGAUCCAUUGGUAGUUACAUUUGCUGGUCCUAAAUUAGGCAAUUCCCAUCUAUGUCAAUUCAUCGAGACCCUUUUUGAUCCUUCAUCCACACUCGCGUCCCUAAAACUAGGACAGUGUCCUGAUAAAGGAUAUAUUCGAAUAACUCAUGAAGGUGAUAUCGUACCAAGUUUACCACCAACGAAUUUCUUUGUUCAUUGUGGUGUUAACAUGCACAUAGCCAAGAAACAGUUCCCACAUGAACCGCAAGACCUCAAACUUUACGAAUCUCCAACUCUGGGACUCCUCAAGUUACUCAAAAGCGGUAUAGACAGAGACGAUCAUUCUCAUUACUUUAUCAAAAUAACUGGCUGCCAGGACUGA